AUGGACGAUCCGAGUGACACCCGCCCCGCCACCAGUUCUGGGCGCCGUUAUGCCCGCUCUCGAGAGGGCUGUCUGACCUGUAAGCGCCGCAAGGUCAAGUGCGACGAGCAGAGACCACGGUGCUCCCACUGUGAGCGUCUGAACAUGGAGUGCAAGUGGCGUCUGCAGUUGCGAUCUGCCGCAACACCCAGACGGACAUCGUCUUCAUCAGCUCAGGUCGUCGAAACGACGAGACCACCACCGCCAUCCUCGUCGUCUUCGCAGGCUCCCCACAAUCAGACUCAGUCGCCCGUCACGGACAUCUCGCCUGCCGCCUCGGGCACACAGCACCCCCUGCAUGCCGUCGACGAGGUGUUUGACUACGCCAGCUUCAUGUGGGAUGGGGGCGACUUUUGGCGUCAAGUCAGCCCGGAGAUGAGGGCAGAUGUCGGAUUGAGUACGAGUAUACUGAGUACCGAUCCCCAGAUGGGAUUUCCUAGCCGGGCCGUGCCUCGGCAGCCAUCCAGCCCUCCUGAGGCAAUCUUGCCGCGUAACGGGACAACAGCGUCGACAGCCGCGACUGACGACUCCCCUGGGAUGCCCGUCACCAAUUUCUCGAGUCAAGAUCUGUUCGACUUCUUCGCCACAUCGCCCAACCCUCCCAUUCUCGAGCAAGUCGAGACGCAGAAGAAGUGGUUCUCGAUGCGCCGAUUGGUGGUAGACAUGGCCCGCCAGUCGCCCCUUGUGCGUAGCGCUAUCCUCGCCUUCUCGGCUGUCCUCAUCUCGCGACGAAAGGGAGCUAUGGUCGUGAGUGAUCGGAACCACCAUGACGACGCGCUUGCAGAGGUAGCCACGUACGACGCUGUGCCACUGGUGCGGCACAGCUCCGAGCGCGAGUCGCUGCUCGCGGCCCUCUUCUUUCUUAGCUACGUGGACAUGUUGGAAACGCGGCUAGGCGCAGGCCACUCGCAGUUUGAGCGGGCAUACAACAUAUUCCAAAAUGGAGAUAAGAAGAGCUUCUCGCCCGUGGAAAAGCAGUUUCUUAUGUGGAUACGCCUGCUGGAUGGAAAGGCCGUGUCGGCCGGCGGCGAGGGUCUCUUCCUGUCGGAGGACGACGAGCUCGUUCUGGUCGAGGCGUCACCGACCAGUCUCGAGGGUGGCGAAGUCAGCACCAGCGUCGAAGACGGGCACAAGAAUGAGUCAGCAGACGGCGGCGAUAUCGAGGACGUGCUCUUCCAAGUACUGUACCAGCCCGGCGUCGUCUUCUACCAAAAGGUGCAGAGCUUCAUGGGCCGCAUCUCCAAGAUUGAUCCGUGGCACCGGUCACGCGGCACCGUCGAGGACGAGAUCGAAGUCAUGAACAUUGGCUCCUCCAUUGCCGCCGACCUGCGUACCUUGUACGACCAGCGCCCCCCUCUGAUGGACUAUGCCGUAGCCGGAAAGCUCGUGGAACCGCAUAUCUCGGCCAACCUGGCCUUCAUCAUCACCCGCGCAUUCAGGACCUACCUGGCCAACUACUACGCCAGCAAAGUACACCUGCACAGGGUAGCCUACAAGACACUCCCGCUCACCAAUGAAGCCAUCGACGCCCUGGCCAACAUUCGCAGGCUGACGCGCCAGAUGAUCGAUGACCUGCGGCCGGAUGACUCGCCACCCGUCAAUAUGCUCUGGCCGUUGCUCAUGCUCGGUGUAGAGGAGCAGGACCAGGCAGAAAAGGAGUGGAUCAAGGCCCAGAUAUUGAGGAUGGAGCGCGUUGCAGGAAACGCAAGGAUCACGGCGCAGGUCCUCGAGGAGGUCCAGGCUCGUCAGGAUGCUGCCAAGGCGCGGAUGGACAUUCGGUCUGUCAUGAUGGCUGUGUUCAAUUCUAGUUUCGCCAUUUUAUGA